ACUCAGUCGCAGUUUCGCUUCAACAGUGACGCCGGACGAUCAGCGAAUGCGAACGCGAGUAGAAAGCAUACGAACGUGUUGAUUUCGCGACUUCUUGGUUUCGUUUGCAACGUGGUCUCGUCGGAAUAUUGCUGUUUUACGAUCCCCGGGUUGUUUUGAAUGUGAUAAUUUGGUAGGCCAUAGCCAGAAGCGAUAAUAAGCCAUCACAAGUGUGAUGAAAACUUCGUAAAUGUGAUUAAGAUAAGAGCUGAUCGGAAACGAUCUGCAUUCCAAGUGAACGAUUCGCUGGAUGCUAUUUUGAUGCAUAGGUGAUGCUGUUUGUAGCACACCUGGACGGUUGCACGAUAUCUGUAUUUGUGUUGUGUUGAUCGUUUGGUGAUCGGGCACUCUUUCAAAAUUUGUUAUUAUUUACGUGGAGAAGAGCUACGAAUUGAAAGAGAAAACCGGUCAGUCACGUGUGUAUUAAGUCGCGAGUGUAUGUUUUCAAAUGUGAUUUGUUUCGAUCUGGAAUAUACACAAACGUGGUAGAGUGAAAACUGUAAACAGCGAGUGCAAGUGCGUGGAGAACUCAGCGGUCCGUUCUGUUCGAUCAACCACAUCUGCAAGUGUCCAAACCGCAUCGUAAUUCCGGUCAAAUUCCUCAGCCGUUGAUGUUGCAUUCAAAGUCAGCCCAGUCAAAGAAAAGUGCAACAGCCGGAAAUUGCUGGAGAGCAGCACAUCAUUCACCGGACGGAGCAGAGGAAGCACCACCACCUCCCAGGGAGAAUGACGAAAACUGUUUGAAAGGCAUUUUUUCGCCCUUCUCCGGGUCCGCCCGUCUCCCGUUUUAAGUGCAGAGUUGUCAGUCGACUACCGCUCGGAAGAGGAGGACCUGCACAGGCAGCUCUAUCACAAAUAUAUACUUUACGGUCAAGCACGUCGUCGUCGUCGCCAUCCAUAGCUCCGAAACACGGACGGAAGUGUUGAGCUGAAAGUGUUGUGUUUGGAUCGAACGAAUACUCGGAAGUGGGAUAGGCGGGGAUAGUGAGUCGUGCGGGGUUUCUUCGGGCGAUUUCUUGAAGUGAAGGGCAUGGAAAAGCAGUCAUACCGAGGGAAAUUGUGAAUAAACAGAGUGGUGCGCCUUUGGUGAAGAAUAAACGCUCGAAGCUGUUUGCCGGUGGAAAAAUUUGAACUUGAAUGAGGUGCGAUUGAUCAGAAGAGUAUUUCAAAGUUAAUCGGAAUCGUUUUUUCGUGGUGAAAGUGACUCAGUAAAGUGUUGUUGUGUUCAAAUUGAACCCAGAUAACUAAGUCUGGCUCUGUAGGUCAUAGGUCAGCUAUCCGAAAUUGUUGUGAGAACCAUCCAUUUCUCAUCGGACACCAGUAAAAUCGAUCAUCCUUCUCAUCAGCAGGAGCAGCGCAAUUAUAAAUAAUACUGGUGGAUGCUCGAAAUGGCUGGAUUGUCUAUUAAGCCGGCCGUCUCCAUGUUAUGGCGGCAAACGGCGACCCUUCGAUGAUCUCUCCUCCGUCUUCCAUCUCGAACGGCCCGGAGCCACAGUUACCGCCGUUGCCACCGCCGUUACGUUCGACGCAAGUGCUGCAACCGCUUUCAGUGUUUCCAGUUACAACCUUGAGUCAGGAAGCUACGUAUGAGUAUGUCUUUGGAGGGCCCCUGGACUCGCACGCCCUGUCAUCAACGCUUAAGCUGACCUCGCCUCCAAUACGACUGCGCCCGGACGUUGUUUUCGAUUUUCCGCUUCCAGUCUACCGUUCCCAAUCGAUCGACUCGCAGCGCAGCAGUGGCGUAGACGAUGGGCGAUCGUCAUCCGCUCAGCACUCACAGCAUCACCGUUCAUCCCGUGCGAGUUCACUUAAGCGAUCAGGAUACGUAGGAAACGACGGAACCGCUUCCAUUGGCUCGCGCAAGAGCAAUCGUAGCGAUGGGGAGGAUGAGGACUCACUGCGUCAAUUGCUUAUCGAAUUGCAGAAGCAGGUCAGCGUGAUGAGCAUGAAUCUGUCGGCGAAGUUAGACGAUCUGCAGCGGGGUGACCGGCACUUCGAGACCACGGUCGCCCUCUGCGAGAUCCGAACGCAACUGCAGGAGCUCACCAAAUCGGUGGAGAGCUGCCAGACCGAGGUCUCGGAGGUGAAACGUGAUAUGGUACAAAUUAAGCAUGAGCUGGAUACCGUGCAACAGGUCAAGGAAGAGAUCGAAGAGCUGCGGGAGUACGUGGACCGGCUGGAGGAGCACACGCACCGGCGAAAAUUACGGCUACUGGAGCAAGGUCUCACGUUCUUCCUCACGUAUGCCAUCUUUGCGGCCGUCCUCGGGAUGCUUCAGUUCGGUUACAAUACCGGCGUCAUCAAUGCACCCGAGGUGAACAUCGAGAACUUCAUGAAGGAUGUUUACAAGGACCGGUACGGGGAGGACAUCAGCGAGGAGUUCAUCCAGCAGCUCUACUCGGUGGCGGUUUCGAUCUUUGCCAUCGGUGGUAUGCUCGGGGGCUUCAGCGGCGGAUGGAUGGCCAACCGGUUCGGGAGGAAGGGCGGCCUGCUGCUUAACAACGUGCUCGGUAUCACGGGUGCAUGCCUGAUGGGAUUCACGAAAAUGAGUCAUUCCUAUGAAAUACUAUUCCUCGGACGAUUUAUAAUUGGUGUCAAUUGUGGCUUAAACACAUCAUUAGUACCAAUGUAUAUAUCUGAAAUUGCUCCAUUAAAUUUAAGAGGUGGUUUAGGUACCGUUAACCAAUUGGCUGUGACCGUAGGAUUAUUAUUAUCACAAGUACUGGGUAUAGAACAAAUUUUAGGAACAAAUGAUGGCUGGCCCGUGCUGUUAGGGCUCGCCAUCUGUCCAGCUUUAUUACAAUUAAUACUCUUACCUAUUUGUCCCGAGUCACCUAGAUAUUUACUAAUUACGAAACAGUGGGAGGAAGAAGCGCGGAAAGCCCUUCGACGGUUAAGGGCAUCCAAUCAGGUAGAGGAAGACAUCGAAGAGAUGCGUGCCGAGGAGCGAGCGCAGCAAUCGGAGAGCAGCAUAUCUACGAUCGAACUGAUAUGCUCGCCGACGCUGCGAGCGCCACUCAUCAUCGGAAUUGUGAUGCAGCUGAGUCAGCAGUUUAGUGGAAUAAACGCCGUAUUCUACUACUCGACGUCGCUCUUCAUGAGCUCAGGUCUAACGGAAGAGAGUGCUAAAUUUGCCACAAUAGGAAUCGGUGCAAUAAUGGUUGUGAUGACACUCGUAUCAAUACCACUAAUGGAUAGAACCGGUCGACGAACACUGCAUUUAUACGGAUUAGGUGGAAUGUUUAUAUUUUCAAUAUUCAUAACGAUAUCAUUUUUAAUAAAGGAGUUUUUUGGUUACGUGCAGGAAAUGAUCGACUGGAUGUCCUACCUGUCGGUGGUGUCUACGCUGGCGUUCGUGGUGUUCUUCGCCGUCGGGCCGGGCUCGAUUCCGUGGAUGAUUACUGCCGAGCUGUUCAGCCAGGGGCCGCGGCCGAGCGCGAUGGCGAUCGCGGUACUGGUCAACUGGAUGGCGAACUUCGUUGUUGGAAUUGGUUUCCCAAGUUUAAAGACUGCCUUGGAAAAUUAUACAUUCCUACCGUUUAGUGUAUUUUUAGCAAUAUUUUGGAUAUUUACAUACAAAAAGGUUCCUGAGACCAAAAACAAAACGUUCGAAGAAAUUUUAGCUCUAUUUAGGCACGGGAAUGGAAGGAGUAUGCUAAACUGCGUAAAUAACCUGGAGCCGCAGAGUAUGAACUCGGGCAUCGAACGUGCCGCGCUGAUGAUCUCCGAGGAGAAGACCCAACACGACUCACUGUUCGGUACGACGGCCACGCUGGACGGUGAGAUGGGUCCUUAUCCGGUAGGGGACGGCAACCUGCUGGGGCCCACAUCCCGGGUGUUCGGCACGACGGGCACGCUGGAUGGAGAGAUGGGCCCCUACCCGGUCGGCGACAGCACCAACCUGCUGGGGACGCAAUACUUCAGCUCCGGCGGUUAUGGCAACGAAGCCCUGACAAUCGGUUCCGGACGGCUCAACUACGGAACGACGGGACCCACUGUGGUUAGUACAACUUGCUCACCGAUGCCAAAUCGACGGACGCCCGGUGUAGGCCGGAGGGCCCCUGUGGGUGGUGCUGGUGGUGGAGACGGUAGAGCCGGCCACGAAGGAGGAAGCGGAUGUUCCACCGCCAGUGGGAUGGCCACCCGGGACAGCUUUCGCCGGCAUUCCGCUCACGGACGGAUAGUGAGUUCAGCUGCAUCCGAGCGUUGUUCCGAAAACGCAAGAAAUACUCAAAUGCGAACUGCUACCUGUGCGCCUCAUCACCAUCAUCAGCAAGUACCUGUCUGCCAGAACACAGGGCCUUGACUGAAGAGCACCGCCUUGACCCCUAACUCGUUUGCCAACUCGCAGUACGUCAGCAUCGAGCAUGACGACGACGACGAGGAGGAAGCACCCAUCCGCGACGGUAGAUCAUCAUCGAUCUCAUCGAGGCACCAACA